GGUUUAUUUUUGCAUAUAAAUAACUUGAAUAUUUGUUAGGUCUUUUUCUUGUCAUUAUAACAUGGUAUUCCUUUCGCGUGCAGUUACAGAAAAGUCGAAACCUCAAGAAGAUAAAGAAACAGAAUACGAAAGUACUGUUUAUGGUACUCAUUGGGCUUCUAGAGAUAUUCCAAGAUAUGAGAUGCCAGAGGAUGAAAUGCCUGCUAGUGUUGCUUACCGUAUGAUUAAAGAUGAACUUACAUUGGAUGGUACUCCUGCUUUGAAUUUAGCUAGCUUUGUCACUACAUUUAUGGAAAAAGAAGCAGAACAAUUGAUGACGGAAAACUUGUCAAAGAACUUUAUUGAUUUUGAAGAGUAUCCUCAAACUGCCGAAAUAAGUAAUCGUUGUGUUAACAUUAUUGCUCGCUUGUUUCAUGCACCACAAGAUAAUGAAGGGAACGAAGCGAUUGGCUGUUCUACUGUGGGUUCCUCCGAGGCCAUUAUUUUAGCCACACUCGCCAUGAAACGCCGUUGGCAAGCUGCUAGAAAAGAAAAAGGAUUAUCCACGGAUAAACCUAAUUUCAUCAUGGGCGCUAACUGUCAAGUCGCUUGGCAUAAAGCCAUGAGAUAUUUGGAAGUCGAAGGACGAGAAGUUCCUUGUACUGAAAAACUGCUUUAUAUGGACCCAAAGAAGGCUAUAGAUCUUGUUGAUGAAAACACGAUUGGUAUUUGUGCCAUUUUAGGCUCUACUUAUACAGGCCAUUAUGAAGACGUCAAGACAUUGAACACCUUAUUGGACAAAAAGUGCAAACAGAAAGGAUUUGAUAUUGGUAUUCAUGUAGAUGCAGCAAGUGGAGGAUUUGUUGCCCCUUUUGUUGUACCCGAGUUACAAUGGGAUUUCCAAUUGAGUCGUGUUCAUUCAAUCAAUGUAUCUGGCCACAAGUAUGGAUUGACCUAUCCUGGUGUUGGUUGGGCUUUAUGGAGAAGCAAGGGCUACUUACCCGAAGAUCUUGUCUUUAACAUCAAUUAUCUUGGUUCUGAUCAGGCUUCAUUCACAUUUAAUUUUAGUAAAGGCGCUUCUAAUAUCAUUGCUCAAUACUACAUCUUUAUUCGUCUCGGCAAAACUGGAUUUACACACAUCAUGAAAAACCUGGUUUCAACAGCUGAUUAUAUGGCAAGCAAGUUGCAAGCAACAGGUAAAUUCAACAUCCUGAGUGAACACGGCGGCAAAGGCGUACCUCUUGUUGCAUUCAACUUUAAAAAGACCAAGGAGUACUAUGAUGAGGUAAAAGGCUGAGUAGAAGAAACAAGUUCUCAUCCAUCUUUUGACAGUUUGAUCUCUCUAACCAUGGCACCCAAUAUGCAGCA